UGAUCAAUCGGAUAUGCUCUUUCUUCACUUGGCAGUCACCUCCAAAUCGACAUGCGUUUUUGCUGUUUGUUUUUAUUUUGUUGAACAGAGCAUAUACAAUAGCUACAACAUCUUAAUUCAACACUGUUAGUAUUCAAUAACCGUGACCCAAAACUAUAAACCCUAUCCAAACCCUUCAAUUUCUUGCUCCACCACAAUGGAAAUCACAACAAUGGCGCACGCUACACAACUCCACGCACAACUGCUAAAAAACCCACAACCCGACACCCAAAACCUCAUCAAAAUCUUCAAUUUCACCGCUCUUUCACCCUCCGGCAACCUCACUUACGCACGCCUCAUUCUCAACUCACUCAAAACCCCACUUAACUCCUAUUUCCACAACACCAUGAUCCGCGCUUACUCCGACUCCCCCGACCCCUUUCACUCCAUCUCCUUCUUCCUCCAUUGGCAUACUUCUCAAGACCCGGUUUCCCCUUCGCCCGACCGCUUCACUUACCCGUUUGUUCUCAAAGCAUGCUCCAAAUUGAAACAAAAAAGAUUCGGUAAGCAGCUCCACGGGUUGGUUUACAAGUCCGGGUUUCAUUCGGAUAUGUAUAUUCAACAUGCGUUGAUUCAUUUUUACUCGGGUUGUGAUCAAAUGGGGUAUGCGUUUAAGGUGUUUGAUAAAAUGCCUGAGAGAGAUGUGGUUUCGUGGACUUCUGUGAUUAAUGGGCUUGUUGAUAAUAAGAGGCCAAUGGACGGUUUACGGUUGUUCAAGAGGAUGGAGAUGGAGGGUUUUGAGCCGAAUGAUGUUACGGUGAUCUCGGUGCUUAGAGCUUGUGCGGAAACCGGAGCGUUGAGUGUUGGAAUAAAGUUGGAUGAGUUUGUUAAUGGUAGAGGGGUUAAGUUGAAAAAGAAGGUUGUUACUGCGUUUAUUGACAUGUAUUCGAAAUGCGGGUGUUUAGAUAGUGCCAUGCGGGUUUUUGAUGAGGCUGUUAAUAAAGAUGUGUAUGUUUGGACGACGAUGAUAGCGGGUCUUGCUAGCCAUGGGCGCUGCAAAGAAGCCGUUGAAUUGUUUGAGCAGAUGGAAAGCAUCGGUUUGAAGCCGGAUGAGAAGACGAUGACUGCGGUAUUAUCGGCUUGCAGGAAUAUGGGGUGGGUUGAUAAAGGUUUAACAUAUUUUAACAACAUCAAGAAAGUAUAUAAACUAAGACCAAUGGUACAACAUUACGGGUGUGUAGUGGAUUUGCUUGCUAGAGCCGGACGACUAGAUGAUGCUCAAAAGUUCAUUGAAACCAUGCCCAUCGAACCGGAUGCUGUUCUGUGGAGAUCGUUUAUAUGGGGCUGUAAAGCUCACGGGGAUACCGAGCGAGUGGAGCAUUUGAUCAAACAUCUUGAAGGCGCAAAGAUGGAUUCUUGCUAUGACUGUGGAACUUAUGUGCUGCUUGGUAACGUGUAUGCAUCUAACGGGAAAUGGAAGAAUAAAGCAAAUGUGAGGAAGUUAAUGAAUCAAAAAGGGCUUGUAAAGCCAUCAGGGCAUAGCCGGAUUGAAAUCGAUGGUGAUAUUUAUGAAUUUACAGCCGGAAGUACUUGUCACGUUGAGGCUGAAAGUAUCUAUAAGAAGUUGGAGGAAAUAGAGGGGACUUUAAGGGUUAACGGUUAUGAUCCAAAGUUAUCGGAGGUGCUGCUUGAAAUUGAUGAUGAAGAGAAAGCGUCACAAUUACUUCAUCACAGCGAGAAGCUUGCGGUUUCAUAUGGACUUAUAAAAACCGAGCCUGGGACCAUAAUUAGGAUUGUAAAGAACCUAAGAUCUUGUGAGGAUUGCCAUUCUUUCAUGAAACAUAUUUCGGGUGUUUACCAACGAGAGAUAUUAAUUAGGGAUCGCAUUCGUUUCCAUCAUUUCAGGAAUGGAGAAUGCUCUUGUGGUGAUUAUUGGUAAUAGGAACAAUACAAAUAGAAGAAACUAAAAGUUUCUGGUCAGAUUAUAGAUGCAACCUGGACUCCAAAGUGAUGUUUUUCUCCAUCCAAUUUUGUUUGUAUGAGCAGUUUUUUUUAUUCGGAUAUAUGUUACAUUUCUGAGAGAUUUUGGAAAUAAAGUCGAUUAUUGUCAUUCACAAUCAA